UGCUCAUGCAAGGCAAGUCAAAAUAUGAUACAGGAACCAUACUAUACUAUUGCCUUCUUGCUGACACAUUUGUUGGGCUUUGACAAAGUUACAAAUGUAGAUGAUGUGGAGAAAGAGAUUGAAAACAUUCUUCAGGAUGUUAGUACAAACUACCCUCUUGCUUUAUUGAAUGGAUUGUUCCACUUCAAGUUUCCAAUUGAUGAAAACAUAAAACAUAUGAAUGAACAACUAAGAGAUUCCUGUACAAGAAAAUUGCUGGGACUAUUAAUUAAAAAGUGUCUUCCCCAAAAGCCAUCAUUAAUUGUGGUUGAUGAUGCUCACUUCAUGGAUGACUCUUCUUGGGAUGUAAUUUUGGAAGAGCUUUCAGUACAGAAUUCUCUCAUUUUGUUAGCCCAGUUGCCUUCAGCAGAUGACUUCCCCACUCAGAAUUGUCGGGUAGUUCAGUUACAGCCACUGGAUUCUGGUUUUACAGCAGGAGUAUGUUGUCAGCUGUUGAACGUUAUUGGAAUCCAUCAAGAACUUGAGAGAUUGUUGAUUAAGCAUGGAAAAGGCAACCCUUCAUGGUUAGAAGAACUUUUACUUUUCCUGAAAGAGGACAAUGUUAUUCAGCUGGUUAGAAUAGAUAACAUCCCACAGGACCGUUUAAAUUCAGAGUUUGUUUAUUUAAAAAGAAAAUUACUAAAAAUGAAUGCUGAUAAAGAAUUAGGACAAGAAAUGCAGUCAUCUGCAGAGCUGAACGUGAAAAAAGUUUGUGAUAUUACCCCAGGAAAGAGUCUGACAUCAGUCAAUAUUCCUCUGUCAACUCAAGACAUGGUGUUACAGCGAAUGAACAACUUGAAUCCUACAGAGAUGCUAGUUUUGAAAAAAUCAGCAGUGUUUGGUAUGCAUAUUGAGCGUCACGUUCUGGAAGAUAUCUGUAGUGAUGCAUCAAAGAAACAGGUGGCCACCAUCCUCCAGCUUUUUAUAGAUCACCAUAUCCUACAAUGUGGCACAAAUAAAGUGAAUCAGAAAGAUGAUCGUUCUGUGUUUGUUAGGGAGCAGACAAAAUGUACUUGUGAACAAUUUCCAGAAGAUCCAAAAAUAGGAUGGUGUAGAAACCUCAUGUUUUAUUCUGCUGUUGUACAAGACACCAUUUAUCAGUCUUUAACCAAAGAUCUUCGAGCCAAGCUUCACUUAGAGGUAGCAGAGAAACUCAGUACUAUGGGAAUGAAUUGUUUCACAUGUUGGCGGCGUAAUACUUUAGCUGAGAUGCGAGACUCCCAUAAGCUUUUAGCAAAGUCUGACAUUGUCCAAAAUCAACAAGAAAGGUAUGUUGAAAUUAUAGAAAUGAACUCUGUCGCUAGACUGAACAUUUUUCAAU